AUGUCGUCGCUUAUCAACACCGUCAGGUCCAAGUUCUUGGAGGCGAUCCGGUCUGUGAAUCCGCCUGGGCGAUGGAAGAUCCUCGUCGUGGACGAGCACUCGCAGCGCCUGAUUGGGUCGGUCUUGAAGCAGUUCGAUAUAUUGGAAGAGAAUGUCACGCUGAUCGAGUCCAUCACGAGCAACCGCGAGCCUCAGCAAUUUGAGGCGAUAUACCUCGUCAUGUCCACUUCUCAGAACGUGGACAGGAUUAUCCGAGACUUCUCCAAUGGCCAACAACAGUACUCCGCGGCGCAUCUGUUCUUCGUUGACGGCCUGCCGGAGCACCUAUUUGAGCGUUUGACGUCUUCGCCCGCCGAGCCAUACCUGAAGGCGUUGCAAGAGCUAUUCAUUAACUUCUGGGCGAUUGAGGGACAGGCAUUCACUGUUCGUAAUCCGGGGUCAUUUUUCAACAUCUACAGCCCGCCACGAAGUGAGACGUCGUUUAAGCCUAUGCGCGACCGGCUAGACGAAGAGCUUCGGUUCAUGAGCAAGAUGAUCUCGAACGUCUGUCUGACGCUAAACGAAUAUCCCUACGUCCGCUACUACCUACCUUCGCACCACCAGCCUCUUGGACCUCUGAAGCCGCACGCAAGCACGCGACCACCUCCCCCGCCAGAAGGCAGUGGGCGAUGGCGGACCAACCUAGCGCGAGGGGACCAGGCGCGUGCGUACGAGAGCGUAGAAGGCGAUUACAUUUCGAAGAUCCUGGCGUUCAUGGUCCAGCAAAACUUGGACGAGUACAAGAAGGCAAACCCUGACUUUCCGAAACCCUCGGACCCGCCACGGCCGCGGGGGACGCUCAUCAUCACGGAUAGGGCGAUGGAUACCAUGGCGCCGUUGCUGCAUGAGUUUACGUACCAAGCCAUGGCGAACGACCUGCUUCCUAUCCAAGACGGGACGUCAUACACAUACAAGUUCCAGACACAGACGGGUUUGGAAGACAAGACGGCGGCUCUGUCAGAUGCUGAUAGUGUCUGGACGGAGCUGCGGCACAUGCACAUGCGCGAGGCGAUCGAUAAACUUAUGGCGGACUUCAACCAGUUCCUCCAGGAUAAUGCAGGGUUCAAGGGAGAAGGCGCUGCAAAUUUGAACGACAUGAAGGAUAUGCUUGCGAACUUGCCGCAAUUCCAGGAGCAACGUGACAAGUUCUCCCUCCACUUGAACAUGGCUCAGGAGUGUAUGGCAAUAUUCGAGCGCGACAAGCUGCCUGCGGUGGCGAAUGUCGAGCAGAAUUGCGCCACUGGUGUCACCGCGGAGGGCAAGGUUCCUAAGACGCUUGUCGAGGAGAUGGUGCCUCUCCUUGAUAGCCGCGAUGUUGUCAACACGAACAAGGUCCGCAUUAUCGCGCUGUACAUCCAGCAUCGGGACGGUGUUCCGGACGAGGACCGCCGGAGGUUAUACCAGCAUGCACGCUUGACACUGGCGGAGCAAGAUGCGGUGAACGCGCUCGUACACCUUGGAGUGCGAAUAAGUAGGGUACCGGGCGAUAAAGACACGAAGAAGAAGAUCAAGCAGAAGCCUAGCAACGAAGAGGAAUACGAGCUCUCACGGUACAAGCCGGUGCUACGAACGGUGCUGGAGGAGCACGUUUCGAACAAGCUCGACCCCACACUGUUCCCGUAUGUCAAAGACGCGCCAUCGGCGGCGCCCACGACGAGCAGCCUGCGCUCGGCUCCGCAAAUACAGCCGGCGGUGUCGCUCCGGAGCCAGAAACCGAGUUGGCACAAGGCGACCAGGGGGGCGGGCACACAGAACGACAACCGCCAGCGGAUAUUGGUGUUCGUCGCCGGCGGCAUGACGUACUCGGAAAUGCGUGAGGCCUAUCUUCUAUCGAAAUCGCUCAACAAGGAGAUCAUCAUCGGCUCGACGCAUGCGCUCACCCCGCGGCAGUUCGUGGACGACCUGAAGGUUCUCGAAAUGGGUGGGAUCGGGAGCAAGGCGCUGCCCAACGGGCUGGUGGAGACGACCGCGCCCCCGCGAUCGGCGCAGGAGAUAUACGACCAGAAGUACUUCACGCGCGACGCGCCACCGCCGCCGCGCGCGGCCCCUGCACCGACACCCAAGUCGGGGAGCGGGCGGUUGACGAGGCCAUCGCCCGCUCCGUCGUUUGGGGGAUCGUCGGCGUCGGUAAACACCAAUUACAGCAACAGCGGGUCGAUUGGGGAGGAGAAGAAGAAGAAACGCGGCUUCCUGCGGUUCUGA